AGCAAGCACGCACGAUUAACGUGCAAUACUUAAGCUAGCAAGUCCGGGAUGGGGAAUAUGUCGGCGAAGUUUGGAUCAUCGUCGUCUACGGAGAAUGUUGCUACGGCCGAGGACUGGCAAAGGGCGGUCAACAAGGUGGUUCAGGCGGUGGUCGCCAUCAACGUCACCGCUUGCCGGUGUUUCGACACCGAGUCCGUCAGUUCUGCAGUCGCAACGGGCUUUGUUGUCGAUAAGCGCCGGGGAAUCAUUCUUACUAACAGACAUGUUGUUGGUGCUGGACCUGUGGUGGCUGAAGCUACGUUUGUGGACAAUGAACAAAUUCCUAUCUAUCCAAUAUAUAGAGACCCCGUUCACGAUUUUGGUUUUUUCCGCUAUGAUCCUGGUGCAAUACAAUUUAUCGAUUAUGAGGAAAUAACUCUUGCUCCCGAGGCGGCUCAUGUAGGUCUUGAAAUAAGGGUAAUUGGGAAUGAUAGUGGAGAGAAGGUAUCUAUUUUGGCCGGCACUCUUGCUCGUUUAGAUAGAGAUGCUCCAAAUUACGAGUCUGAUGGCUACAAUGACUUCAAUACAUUCUACAUACAAGCUGCAUCUGGGACUAAGGGUGGUUCAAGUGGCUCUCCGGUAAUUGACUCGCAGGGCAGAGCGGUUGCUUUGAAUGCAGGGGGCAAGACAUCAAGUGCCUCUGCUUUUUUCCUUCCAUUAGAGCGAGUUGUGAGAGCGUUAGUUUUCUUACAAUUAGGAAGAGAUUCUACCAACAAAUGGGGGGUAGUAUCUAUUCCUCGUGGCACGCUUCAGGUUACAUUUGUCCAUAAAGGAUUUGACGAGACCCGUCGUCUUGGUGUUCAAAGUGAAACAGAACGGUUGGCACGACGUUCUUCUCGUCGAGGUGAAACUGGAAUGCUUGUUGUUGAUUCUGUGGUGCCGUGUGCCCAAGCUUGUAAUUUAUUAAAGCCAGGUGAUGUGCUUGUUUGUAUGCAAGAGAAGGUGACUACGCAUUUCCUUGAGUUGGAAAGUAUACUUGAUGACAUGGUUGGAAAGAAUGUUGAACUUAAAAUUGAAAGAUGUGGUGCCUCAUUAACUGUUGACUUAUUGGUCCAGAAUUUGCACUCAAUAACUCCUGACCGCUUCUUGGAAGUUAGUGGUGCAGUGAUACACCCCCUUUCAUAUCAACAGGCUAGAAAUUUCCAUUUUCAAUGUGGGCUUGUCUAUGUGGCACACCCAGGAUAUAUGCUCUAUAGAGCUGGUGUUCCUAACCAUGCUAUCAUAACCAAAUUCGGAGACAAAGUUAUUUCAAAUCUUGAAGAGUUGAUACAUGUCCUUUCUAACUUGACUAGGGGCUCAAGAGUACCACUUGAGUACAUCAGAAACGAAAACCGUCACCGGAUGCAGUCUGUGUUAGUAACAGUUGACCGCCAGGAGUGGCAUGCCCCUCCUCUAAUUUACACUCGUGAUGAUGGUUCUGGAUUAUGGUUCACUAAGCCGGCUUUACUGCCCGACUGCGUUUUCCUUUCGGACAUAAUUCCUGUCAAACAAGAUCUGUUGAGUUAUAAUGUGCCACAACAUGUUAGCAAAGAGUCAAGCAAUAGUUUUAUAGAUGCAGAAUCUAGUUAUGAGAUCACAGUAGAGCGACCACAAUUUCAGGAUGAUAUUCAUUCUGGUACAAAGAAAAGAAUGGUGGAAGAAAAUUCAUCCACCAAUGAAACGGAGGCAGCUUAUGCCUCAGUUGCUGAGCGUGUCAUUCAGCCUUCCCUUGUAAAGUGUGAGGUUCAUGUUCCAAUGUCAUGUUUUCUCGACGAUGCCAACGAAAUACAUCUUUCUGGUACUGGUGUGAUUGUAUACCAUUCACAAAGUAUGGGCUUGGUUGCUAUAGAUAAGAACACUGUUGUAGUAUCAGCUUGUGAUAUCAUGCUGUCAUUUGCUGCUUUUCCUAUUGUAAUCCCCGGGGAGGUUGUCUUCCUUGAUCAUGUCCACAAUCUUACUCUUGUUGCAUAUGACCCUUCUGCACUUGGACCUAAUGGUUACUCUGCAGUUCAUGCGGCUGAGCUUUUCCCUGAGCCCCUGCUUCGUCGUGGCGAUUCAGUGUCACUUGUGCGAUUAAGCAGAACCAUGCAGACAAUCUCUAGGAAAGUAAAUGUUAUAAAUCCUUAUGUUUCCGUGUAUACUGAACCAAACUAUAGGCCACGAUAUAGAGCAAUUAACAUGGAAGUUAUUGAGCUCGACGAUGAUUUUGGUUCUACAAUUAAUGGUGUGCUGACUGAUGAGCGUGGAAGAGUUCAAGCCUUAUGGGGAAUUUUUUCAAAUCUGUCGAAUAAAGCUUCUCAUUUGGAUCAGAUAACCUAUGGAAUUCCAAUAUAUGCCAUAAGUCGAGUUCUUGAAAAAAUUGAUUAUGGUGCCAAUGGACCGUUUCGCGUUAUAAAUGGUGUGAGAAGGUCUUUGCCACUAAUGAGAAUAUUAGAAGUUGAACUUCAUCCUACAUUACUUUCUGAGGCCCGCAGUUUUGGAUUAAGUGACACUUGGAUCCAGGCCCUUUUCAAAAAAGACUCUAUUAGACGGCAGGCUUUAAAGGUCACAGGUUGUUUUGCUGGCUCAAGUGCUGAAAAAUUACUAGAACAAGGUGACACGCUGUUGGCCAUCAACAAAGAGCCAGUCACUUGCUUUUGUGACAUUGAAGAUGCUUGUCAAGCUUUAAACAAUGGUGAUGGCAAGCUGUGUGUGACCAUAUUUCGUCAGGGGACUGAAAAGGAACUACUUGUGGGAACAGACAUGAGGGAUGGUAAUGGAACCACACAUGCGAUAAAUUGGUGUGGGUGUACUGUCCAAUACCCUCACUCUUCAGUCCGUGCACUUGGAUUUCUUCCCGACGAAGGCCAUGGUGUAUAUGUGACAUGUUGUUUAAGAGGCAGCGCUGCAGAUCGGUAUGGUCUGGAUGCUUUUCAGUGGAUUGUUGAAAUAAAUGGAAAAGCAACUCCUAAUUUGGAUGCUUUUAUUGAGGUUACUAAGGGAUUAGAGCAUGAGGGGUUUGUUCGUGUAAGAACGGUAAAGUUGAAUGGGAAGGACCAAGUGCUUACGUUGAAGCAAGAUUUACACUAUUGGCCAACAGUGGACCUCAGGUUUGAUCCUGAAACAGCCAUGUGGCGCCGCAAGGUCAUCAAAGGGUUGGACUUUGGUUCUAUGUGAAACAGCCCCCACCCCACCCCACUCCCUAACAAAAAAGAGUCUUGUUUGUUUCAACACCUGACUUCUUUUCACUUGUUUUCAGUUAUACAUUGCGCGUGGUAGAGCAUCUCUCUAAUUAAUCAUUUGAUGUAUACUAAUUACUCUGUUUAAUAUAAAGUCAAACUAUUGUAAAUUUGUUAUGAAAAGUUUUGGACAGUCUAGGACGAUAUAACACCUGAGUUUUGAAUUGGGUGUUGAGAUCAAAAUUGUUGUUGGGA